AUGAUGAGCGAGAUCCCUCGACCGACGAGCCGCGACCAGUUCCGAAUCGCAAUCCUCUGUGCUCUACGAGUCGAAUCCGAGGCAGUAGAAACCAUCUUUGAUGAGCUUUAUGAGGAGAAUGACAACAGGUUCGGCCAAGACCCAUCCGAUGAAAACAUUUACAGGAACGGGAGAAUCGGCCACAACUAUGUAGUUCUCGUCUAUAUGGCAGGGAUCGGGAAGUGCAAGGCGAUGACUACAACGCUGCACUUGAAACUGAGUUACCCCCAAAUCCAGCUGGCAUUGGUUGUCGGUGUUUGCGGUGGCCUCCCAUACGGCAACGAUGGGCGGGACAUUUUCCUAGGGGAUGUCCUUGUUAGCGAUCGUCUCGUUCAAUGGGAUAUUGGGACUUUGCUUCCUAACGCAUUCGUCCACAAAGACGGGCCUCAGUAUGUCCAAGGCCGACCGUGCCGUCGUAUGGAAACCUUUCUUGCCAUAGUUAAAACUCCGGAUGAAAGGCGUCGGCUGGAGUCUCUGAUGGCGGAACAGCUGGAGAUGGUUCAGCAAUCCCUCGGCGAGCAGAGCACAACAUACCCUGGUGAAGACAAGGACCGUCUCUAUCCUCCCGACCAUCUCCAUCAGCAUCGUAACCUGCGUUCCUGUGGCAAGUGUCGCUCUUGUGGUGAGUGCGAGGAGGGCAAUAUAUGUCGCAAAGCACUCAUAUCUACCUGCGACGAGCUAGGCUGCUCCGAUCAUGCACAAAGCUGCAGGUACCGACCGCCUGGGAAGACUUAUUCGACUCCAAAACCAGCCCUUCAUCUGGGUCCUAUUGCCUCUGGUGACACUGUCUUGAUGUCAGGAGACGCCCGUGAUCAACUUGCCGCCGAGACCGGCGUGAUUGGGAUAGAAAUGGAGGGUAUCGGACUAUGGGAAGAGACAUCGUGCGUUGUGAUCAAAGGAGUCGCUGACUAUGCGGAUUGCCAUAAGACCAAGCAAUGGCAGAGAUAUGCAGCGGCUAGUGCUGCCUCGUGCACGAAGGCCCUCCUCCUACAGUACACAAUGGAGCCUCCACGAAUCAACUCGACAGGGAAAACACCCGUUCUCCAUCGGAAUGUGCAGGCUGGUCUCAGUCGUUUCCGAUUUCCGGUUCAUUCAGUGCUUGAUCCAUUUGCAAAGGUCGCCAGAGUCUCAAGGUUGUCUAGUAUCUCGGAUACUAUCAAAAUGGUUGAUGCGUUCCAUACCUCAUCCAGUCUGUGGACUAAGGUUUUUAUUGUGGUAUUGGCGUUCCUGGUUGGAUACUUGUACGCCUCUGUUGGGGCUGCUCCUGACGAGGGCUAUAGCCACCAGUUGUGGCCUUAA